AUGGGAACUCACUUGUGUCAACUGAGGAAAAGUAAACCAAAGUUGGAUGAUGGAAAGUCAGUGAAAGGCAGCAAACACCGACUUACAGAUAAAACCAUUGAUAAGCUGCAAACCUAUUAUGGAAAUGCAAUCAGGGCAAAUGUCAAACCAGGUAAAUUGACUCCUGAAGAACAAAAGGAACAAAUAACAAUAAUGCGAAGAGCUAUUAUGGCAGUUCUCUAUCACACAUGUGAACUCAAUAACAAAGAGCGACACAAAUACUGUCCACCAGGACCAGAUAGCUGGUGCUCAUAUAAAAGGGAUGGUACCCUUCAGAGGAAAGAUCAUCAUUUAGAUCUUGUGUUUUUAAAUUUUCUUCUUCCAGAAUUCAAAUCCCUCAGUGAGUAUUCUCUUUUGCUUCGUUGUCUUCCUGGGUAUUCACAGAAUGCAAACGAAAGCCUCAACGGCCUUGUUUGGAACCGUGCUCCUAAACACCGGUAUAAAGGUGCUCAUGUUGUGGAAACUGCUGUCAUGUCUGCUAUCCUUUCAUUCAAUGCUGGUGCUGCCUCAAGGCAGGAUGUUAUGAAAGCAGCAAACAUUCCAGGUGGUGCGUUUACCUUAGAAGGGUGUACAGCCAAAGACGAGAAGAGGAUGUCGCACUCGGUCAGAAAGACAAAGACGAAAGAGAAAGAAAGACGAAGGAAAAUAAGGCAAGCCAAGCUUGCAGCAAACCAAGGUGAAACAUCAUAUGCCAGUGGUAUGUUCAAUGAAGUUGACCCUCUAGACUUUGAUGCUUCAUCAUCUGAUGACGAUGAUGAUGAUGACUAUCCGUUAGCGAGACUUUUGGAUUCUAAUGAAUCUGAGGACAGUGAUGAUGCACCAUUGGCUGAAAUCAUUAGUAGAAAUCAACAAAAGUGA